AUGUCAUUCGUGAUCAGCACGCCCACGAGCACGAGCACUGCGCGGCUGGCUGGCUGGCUGGGCGCGACAGAUGACGUUCUCGGCAUGAGCAUCAACCAGGUGCGGCGGGCUGGCUGUGCUGUAAUGGCAAGCGCGGUCUGAAGCAUUGUGAUUCAGAGAGGCGAGUGCAGCGACCUCGAUCGGUCGUUGCAAUCACGCAUUCUUCUCGAUCCACAGCGGUGUUGCAUACGUGGAAUACAUUACGCACACAGCCUCGUCGGAAUUUCCAUCUUCCUACACCGCAUGGCGGUGACUCGGAGAUCAGCACGUGACUUGGAGGAUCUCUGAAUGGGGUCAAGAGCCAAAUCAGGAAUCAAGAAUGUGCGUUUACGGUGGUCAUCCACACACCCUUUGACUGUCUACAUCCACCUCGAUGGAUGGCAGAAGAGGUCGCGCGUUCGAAUCAGAGCGAAAGAGUCGAGAGUCGCGAGUCGCGAGUCUGAGGCACGUAGGCUGAUGACAAGUGCUGAAGCGCAAACCCUCGAGGGCCAUACAAUUGAAUCGACGUAAGGAUGAGCUAUGUUUCGGUCCGAUUCGCAGGCCUCUUGGAGAGCUAUCAUUCUGAGCGCCUGGCAAGCAUCUUUGACCAUUUCGCACGCGGAUGGGAUGACAGAAUCAUGA